AUGCCGUAUAAAUUCGCGCAACGCGACCCCCUAACUGGGUAUGCUUUUUUCUACAAACUGAUUACAGAAAAAAAUCAUGCAUUUUUCUUGGCUGCUUUUUAUAGGGAAAUAAUCAAAACGCGGAAGGCGUACUCGGCGACAAAUCUUCUGAAUGCGAUGCGCGACGUCGUCACAGGAAGACUCUCCGUCACGGAGGCCAGCGUCGCCCACAAAGUUCCUCGCAGCACGGUCUUUCGUCGGCUCAAGUGCGUCCAUCAGUGUGAAAGACGCCAAAUAAAAUCAGUGCAAGCGGUCAAUUUGGAAAAAAGAAAGUGGAUAAAUCUUUUAGAAAAAUAUAAUUCCUUUUCUGAUGAAAACCAAAUAUAAGACCGAGAGAACUCUAAUAGUCGAAGUGAUGAGCCAAAAAAAGAUAUUAGUUCAAAUUCCGUGCAAGACUUCACCCUCGCUUUACAUAUUUCAAAAGUUUUAAUCAGAACCACGGAAAUAUCCAACAAGAGUUCUUCGAAGAAUAAGGAUAUCCUCUGAUAGGUAUCGUUUACUUCUCUGCAAGGAGGAAUCCUUUUAAAUUGAAAAAAAAAAGCCGUGAGAUGCACAGAAUCUAUUGCAGAAAAGCUCGCGACGAGCAGUUACGAUCGAUGGGAAUAGCUGAAGAAACGCCGUCUACUUCAAAACCACGCCCCAUCGUAAAUCGAGUUUUCCUUAGGAAACUUCCAACUACCUUUCAGGUGGUAGUGCAGCCAUGGAUGAAGCUGCCCAUAAAGCUGGAUAAUCCGCCUCCGGGAAAAGAAUGGGAAAAGAACGACUCUGCUGUGGAUGCCUGUCAUCCUGAGGAAGAAGUUUGGCAGGAUUCCGAUGAAAAUACAGCAAAUGCUCCUCCAACACAAAUACUUCUAAUACCCAACGCAACAGUUUCGCCUGUUCAAUUUUCUGUGAAUAGGUCUUAA